ACAGGCUACUGGGCAGUUUCUUUCUACAAGCUAUUAGACUUAUCAAUUCACAUGUCUGUACACUGCAACGGAGUCAUAAUGAAAAGAUUUUCACUCCUGCACGUUGUGGGACGGAUGUCUUCCGGAACAAGAUGAUUUCGGAACCCAUCAGCUCCCUGAGCAUCUGCAGGGGAUUCCAGGACACACCAAGCGAGCCACCGGCCUGCCUCCUGUGCCCCAGCUCUGGGCUCCUCCACCACGGGCUGGUACAGACUGGCCUACUGAACGGGCGCCCGCUGCCCGCGCCCCACUCCCAGAUGGCGGGCGACUACCCGGCUCCUGACAUCAUCACCAUCGAGCACAAUUACUGCAGCCGCCGGGCGUCCAAGAAGGCCGGGCUGGCGGGAGCCUGGGGAGGCGGGGCGGCCGGGGGGGGAGGCUCGGCCCGGCGGGCGCUGGCCGCCCAGCGCUGGAGCUGCGGGGCGGCCGCCCUCCGCUCCACCCGCCAGCGCUCCCACGUCCGCGCCCAGGCCAGGAUCGAGGUGGACGAGGCGGUGGACCUCGUGGUGGGCAUCCACCAGGCCGCUGGCAGGCAGGAGGCGGCCGGCGAGGCUCCCGAGGCCCCCCCGUCAUCGCGGCAGCGGGAGGAGAAAGAAGUCCUGGCCUGGAACAGCUCGGGGCCUAGCAGCAAGCAAGCAGAAAGUCGGAUCGAGGUGGACGAGUUCUCGGAGCCGGGAGAAGCUGGCGACCAGCCCUUGAAGAUCCACAGGCUCACCCCGGAGGAGUACAAGAUGGUCUUCAGCGCGGUGGUGGGGAAGGCCCUGACCAACACGGCCUCCCGGCCUACGCGCAAGUGCAGCCUGGAUCUGGCCAGGAGGAUCAAGGAGCAGCUGUACAACGCGGUGAACCGCCCGACCUUCAGGGAGAUCGUCCACUCAGAUGGCAGGGUGGAGUUCAUCGAGCACUACAACAUCUCUGGCCGGAAGAGGACCCCACCCCACUUCGAGCUGGACACCACCGGUGAGCCGGACUCUGAGGACAAGGCCUCGGAGUGGGCAGAGCUUGCGGGAAAGAACUCAUGAGGUAGAGGCUGUGGCCCUCUCUACUCUCCCCCCCUUCAUUUCUUUCUCCCUCCACCCCAUGCCCCUUCCCCUCAUCAACACCGCCUAAUGCGAUUAUUUUUUGUUGUAUCUGAU